AUGGUAAAAGCAGCAAAUGCUAUAGCUGCAUUUUACUCCAAAAUGAUCUACAUCACUUGUCUUGCUCAUGGACUACAUCGGACAUCAGAAAAAAUCCGUUCUCUUUUUCCAAAAGUUGAUGAACUAAUAGCCAACAUGAAAAAAGUUUUUUUUAAAGCCCCUUCACGUGUUGAACUGUUUAAACAAGAAGCUCCCGAUGUCCCUUUACCUCCAUCACCUAUUAUCACACGAUGGGGAACAUGGUUGGAGGCAGCAAUGUAUUACUGUGAAUAUUUUAAACGAAUAUUAAAUGUAGUUCAGCAAUUAAACGCCGAGGACGCAAUAUGCAUCGAAAAAGUAAAAAAAAUAAUGUUAGAAGAAAAUAUUUUGGAAGCUGAUUUAGUAUUUAUUUAUUCAAAUUAUGGAAUAUUAAAAGCGGCCAUAACGAGUUUAGAAAAGCAUUGUCUUCCGUUACCCGAUUCCAUUAAAAUUGUUGAAAAUAAUCAGAAUAAGUUUAAAGAAUUAUCUUGUGCAAAUGGUGUUGAAAUAUACAAUAAAUUUAAAAAUGUCAUUGAAAAAAAUGACGGAUUUCGACAGUUAUCAAAUAUAUCCAAAAUUAUAACUGGAGAAAAUACCUCAACGAACAAUAUACCAGAAGAUCUUUCAAGCAGUGACUUAGUAUACUUUAAGUAUGCCCCGAUAUCUUUAACGGAUGUAGAACGAAGUUUUUCUCGAUUCAAGAACAUAUUUGCUGAAAACCGACGUGCAUUUUUAUUUGAAAAUCUAGCCAAGUCUUUAGUAGUUAAUUGUAACUCUCCAGAUAAAUUUAAAAAUAUCUUAAAAAUCUAUUGCAUUUGUUUAAAUUGA